AUCAUCACAACUCCUACUACUCCAAGUUGUCCAAUUUGUUUACAAAAACCAACCGCUGCUCGUGUGACCAAAUGCGGCCAUUCUUAUUGCCUUUCAUGUAUUCUUCAUUAUUUGAUGUUGAUUGAUGAUAAGGAUAAACCUAACAAGAAAUGGCGCAAGUGUCCCAUUUGUUGGGAUGCUGUGUAUGCCAAAGAUCUCAAGAGUGUACGAUUUUGGUCCGUAAGAAAUAUUGGAAAAACCGGGGAUGGAGAAACGGUUAAGGGAGAUGAAAUGAUCACAAUGCGCCUCAUUCAACGAAAUGCUAAUUCAACGAUUGCACUUCCUCGUUCGUCAACUUGGACACUUAACAAUGACAUACUUUCGAAUUCUUCUGCACCAUGGCACUUUAUUCCUGAU